AUGGCCAACGACAAAAAGUCUCUCACAAGCGCAGCCAAAUCAAACCCGACAGCCUUAGGCGAUCCUGUGUCCCUCAAGGCCGAGCAGUCCGAUACAUCGCCCACCCAGGACGAUCAACCCAACAAGAAAGAAACCAGGGACCAGAACGAUUCAGGAAAGAAGAGCCUGAAAGACGUCGCAAAUGAGGACCUCAAUGAAGCCAAGAAAGGCAACCGGUCGAUGCUCGGCGAUCCGGUAAGCCUCAAGGCUGAAACGACUGACGAGGACCCGGUCGAGGAUGACAAGAUGGGUAAUAUCACGGGGAACAAGGGACGGGAUUCAAAGCUGUGA